UUUCUCAGUAGCUGUUGUCAAAUCUUUGUUUUGUCUUGUCAAUCUGCACAGUUGGUGAGACGUGCCUUGUUUUUUGAAGCCUAUAUUGCGCAGGCGUGAUCCAAUCUGAGCCCAGACAAAUGCUCUUGGAUAUAGGAUGGGAUCACCCCUCUGCUCUGCUAUCUUUUAACCUAUUUCUGCCUCUCGUGCAAGCCGAGAAAGUGCCAGCGGUCCACUUUUGUUGCGAUCCCCGUGACGGGAACCUACAAACGCAGACAACACGUUGCUGGCUACUUAAUUGACAAGCUACUGGAAUCAACCUGUGGAUGAUAUUGGUUACAUCAGAAGAUUUUAAUUUUGUUGCUCUGAAAUAACAUUGUCAUCCCUCCAGCCAUUAGGACGCACAGAUCUCUACGCUAUACCUACUGCGUUUAUGCAAGGAGAGACGCGCGCCGAAGUGGGAAAGAGAACUGAUUUCGGUUUAUGAAUGGCACUGACAUGGAGGAAAUUCCGUUUCAGAAAGUCAAAACCCGGAGGAAGAAAGGCCACUGUCCCCCCGGAUCCCCUUUAAAUGCUAUUGCCUGCGAGGACGAGUUUGACUGCAAGGAGCUGGAGUCCCUCUUUCAGAAUUACAAUUUGAAACUGGAACAGACAUCGACUCUGAAAGCCCUGGCCGUUUUGAUCAUAAUGACUUCAACUUUAGCACUGGUGGAACUAAUGUCUGGUCCCAGUUUAACCAUCUCUAAAGGUUCCCAUCCUGUACAUUGUAUCAUCUUUGUGUCCCUUUUCAUUGUAACUAAUGUUAAAUACUUGCAGGUGACCCAGCUCCAGCAGAUCGUUAAACUAACCUUGCUAUUCGGCUUUACUUUUUCCUUCCUCUGCUGCCCCUUUUCCCUUGGAGCCUACGGGCUGGAGCCACCGACUUCCCCGGAGCAGGGAAUGUGGCAGCUUAUGCUGGUGACAUUUGUCGCUUAUUCGCUACUGCCCGUGCGGACCUUACUGUCUAUCGUGUUUGGGUUUAUGGUGGCUGUCUCGCAUAUCAUUGUCACCGCGACAUCUGUCACUGCCAAAAGACAGCCGCUCUGGAGAACGCUUGUGACAAAUGCAGUUCUUCUUGCUAGUGUAAAUCUAUCUGGAGUGUUUGUGAGGAUUCUGACUGAAAGAGCUCAAAGAAAAGCAUUUCUUCAGGCCAGAAACUGCAUAGAGGACAGACUCAGACUAGAAGAUGAAAAUGAAAAGCAGGAACGCCUCCUAAUGAGUCUUCUGCCCAGAAAUGUCGCUAUGGAGAUGAAAGAAGACUUUCUUAAACCUCCUGAAAGGAUAUUUCAUAAGAUCUAUAUUCAGAGGCAUGACAACGUCAGUAUCCUGUUUGCUGAUAUUGUUGGAUUUACAAGCUUGGCUUCACAAUGCACUGCUCAAGAAUUGGUUAAACUUUUAAACGAACUCUUUGGAAAAUUUGAUGAAUUAGCCACAGAAAAUCACUGUCGCCGAAUCAAGAUCCUUGGGGAUUGCUAUUACUGUGUUUCAGGACUAACUCAGCCAAAAACAGACCAUGCACACUGUUGUGUUGAAAUGGGAUUGGAUAUGAUUGACACAAUCACGUCUGUAGCAGAAGCCACUGAAGUGGAUUUAAACAUGAGAGUAGGGCUGCAUACUGGAAGAGUACUGUGUGGAGUCCUUGGCCUGCGUAAAUGGCAAUAUGAUGUCUGGUCAAAUGAUGUGACGUUAGCAAAUGUAAUGGAAGCUGGUGGUUUACCUGGGAAAGUACACAUUACAAAAACUACUCUAGAGUGCCUCAAUGGAGACUAUGAAGUUGAGCCAGGAUAUGGGCAUGAAAGAAACAGUUUUCUUCAGAAGCACAAUAUUGAAACAUAUUUUAUAGUGCCAUCACAUCGACGAAAGAUUUUUCCAGGAUUAAUCCUUUCAGACAUAAAGCCUGCCAAAAGGAUGAAAUUCAAAACAGUUUGUUAUUUACUUGUUCAGCUUAUGCACUGCCGAAAGAUGUUCAAAGCUGAAAUUCCUUUUUCAAAUGUCAUGACCUGUGAAGAUGAUGACAAGCGAAGAGCACUCAGAACAGCUUCUGAAAAACUAAGAAAUCGUACUUCCUUUUCAACUAAUGUAAUACACAACACCCCAGGCACACGGGUUAACAGGUAUAUUAGUCGCCUGAUAGAAGCUCGACAGACAGAGUCAGAAAUGACUGAUUUGCAUUUAAUCACUUUGAUGUACAAACGUUCUGAAAGAGAAACAAAAUAUCACCAACUCCAUGAUGAGUAUUUCACCAGUGCAGUAGUUCUUUCAUUGAUUCUUGCUGCCUUAUUUGGUGUUGUCUACAUUUUAAUAAUACCGCAGAGUACAGUUGUGCUAGUUCUUCUGGUAUUCUGCAUAUGCUUCCUAGUUGCUUGUAUCAUGUAUCUACAUGUUACAAGAGUACAGUGCUUUCCAGGGUGCCUGACAAUACAAAUUCGAACCAUUUUGUAUGUUUUUAUAGUCGUCUUAAUAUAUUCAGUGGCACAAGGAUGUGUGCUUGGCUGUAUGCCUUGGAAGUGGAAAACCAAUUCAAGCAGUUCCAUAGUGAUCAUCAACUCCAAUGGAGUGAACAAAACAAUGACUGAGUUGCCAUGUGACACAGCUCAUUAUGCCUUCCUUUCCUGUGUUGUUGGGACUCUUACUUCUGCAAUAUUCCUGCGUGUUUCCUCAUUGCCAAAAAUGAUUCUGCUCUUCCUAGUUACAAUUUUGUAUAUAGUUAUUUUGGAAAUAAGUGGAUUCAGAAAAUCAGUUGGGGGAGGAUCAUUUUACUUACGAGGAUAUGAACCUAUCUUAGCAAUCUUGCUGUUCUUCUGUGCAUUGGCUCUUCACUCUAGACAACUGGACCUUAAGUUACGGUUGGACUAUCUCUGGGCUGUUCAGGCAGAAGAAGAGAGGGAUGAUAUGGAGAGAGUUAAACUUGACAACAAGAGGAUUUUGUUUAACUUACUCCCUGCACAUGUUGCACAGCACUUCCUAAUGUCUAAUCCUCGAAAUAUGGAUCUUUAUUACCAGUCAUAUUCCCAAGUUGGAGUGAUGUUCGCAUCUAUUCCAAAUUUCAAUGACUUCUACAUUGAACUGGAUGGAAAUAAUAUGGGAGUGGAAUGUUUACGACUAUUAAAUGAAAUCAUUGCAGAUUUUGAUGAGCUUAUGGAUAAAGAAUGCUACAAGGAUAUUGAAAAAAUAAAAACCAUUGGAAGCACAUAUAUGGCAGCAGUUGGCCUUGUCCCUACUACAGGAACCAAGGCUAAAAAGUCAAUUUAUUCUCAUCUAAGCACAUUGGCUGAUUUUGCAAUAGAAAUGUUUGAUGUACUUGAUGAAAUCAACUACCAGUCCUACAAUGAUUUUGUAUUAAGAGUUGGAAUCAACGUUGGACCUGUUGUGGCAGGGGUAAUAGGUGCCCGGAGACCACAGUAUGAUAUAUGGGGGAACACAGUUAAUGUGGCUAGCAGAAUGGACAGCACUGGAGUUCAAGGAAAAAUUCAGGUAACUGAAGAUGUGUACAGAAUACUCAAAAGGUGCAACUAUGAUUUUGUAUGUCGAGGAAAAGUAAGCGUAAAAGGCAAAGGUGAAAUGCUGACAUACUUCCUGGAAGGAAAAUUGAACAGUACUAGUCCACAAUCAAGGUCAACAAGUCUGGAAAGAAAAACAUAUGCCUUUGGCAGAGUCAACAUUCAGACAAAGCUGGGUACAAGCUGCCCCUCGGUCUCAUCAGUAGCAAGCUUCACAGUGAAAGCUGGUCUUGGAACUCUUCAAGCUUCCAGUGCUCAUACAAACCAGACUGUGCUUUACCUUCCAUCAGUGCCAGCAAUGAAAGAAGCAUGAAAUUACCCUUUCUGAAUCAAGACAAAAAUCUAUGGUACUAAAAACAGACAAAAAAAAAAACAUUUUGCGGACAGUAUUCUAUGGAAAUAUCACCUCACUUGUUAAAUCUUAAAUCCAGAUAUGCCUAAAUUCUCAAUAGAAGGUCUUAGAUAAAGGCACAACCAUGGAUCAUUGAAAUCCAACCAAAGAAAAAGUUUGGAUUCCACUUAGAAGAACUUUUCGGGAAGGGAUUAAGGGCUAACACUUUGUUAGGAUAGGUACUGCAGUUUUUGCCAUACUAAUGUGCUUUAUCCUGUUUUAUCCACACUGCACAAUUCCAACAAAAAUAAUCCUUCCAGUACAGAGCAUGUCCCGAGAGGUAUCCUAUAUAUCUCUCCCUUGUAAAGAAAUUGGAUUGAUAAUAUAAUAACAAAAUGAAGCUAUAGAGGACAAGCAGUCUUCCUGUAAUCUGAAAAGGAGGUAAAGCCUCUCAUGCUCUUAGCAGGACAAACCAAACUCACCUUUUUUGCUCAGUGGAUGAAAGUGGGGGCUAACAUCAGAGUUGGUAAUUUUUUUUGUUAACCAGCAUUUUUGCUUUGUUAAGUACAAUUACUGUUGAAUCCUGUUACAACUUAACCUAAAACUGAGGAAAAACACUCAAAAUGGAUAUCAUUCUGUUGGGCGCAAAAGAAAUACAUUCCAUUUGGGUUGAUAUAUGAUAAGUUUUAGUAUACAUAUACUGUAUGAAUGAACCACAGUUUUUAACUGGUAGUUUAAGUUCAAUAUGCCAAGGAAAAGGGGUUUACAUAAUACUCUUGAAAGCUCCUUGAUUGCAAGCAAGGAACACUGCUGCUGCAGAAAUUCAUAAUGCAGGUAGGUACAGUAAAAUAUAAUAUUUAAUAUGAGUUAAACAUAAAUGAAAGACUUUUAUGUAUACAAAUGCAUUUCAAGUAAUUUUUCAACAAUAAUUUUAUGUCUAUGUAGGAAAUGACUUUAUUUUAUUACUGUAUUUAAAUGUACACUAAAAAAAAGAUUGCAUAUAUUUAAUGUUGAUUCAAUAACCAUUAUAAAUAAUGCACAGAAUAUGAUUUAAAAUAUGACUGAUUACAGAAAGGUUGUGGAAGAAACUGAAAAUUUUAUAGUGAAAUAUACGUGAACUUAACCUCUUUCAUAUAACUUAAAGAUAAGAUAAUAAUAACACAAGGAAACACUAUUCACUCUUCUUAAAAUGUCUGAGAAGUCUUUAUUUCAGAAAAGUUACUACAAAAACUGAUCAUAUUUAGGAUAUGCAGCCUGGAUAACUUGUUAUUGCAUUGUAAAUAGUCUGUUAGUUUACUUGUAUUCAUUUUGUAUACAUUAAUACAGGGUGAGAAAAUUGCCAGGUCAUCUAAAAUGAAUACGGUUUGAAUUUUGUUGACCCCUUAGGUAGUUUUAAAAAUUAAAAUAUUAGGGAAAUCUAUGCAUUUCUCUACAGCAUCAAGUGAAAUAGGCAAGCAGAAAAUAUAUUUAAAAAAAUAUCACUUUAAAAGUAUUUUUGAAAAGGAUUUUUUUUUUACCUUCAAUAUUCAACCCUCAGCAGCAGAUCAUUUGUUGCAUAUCACUCUUCUGAACUGCAUUAUAUCAAUGUAGUGGGUAAAGAGGGGUUAAUGAUCAUCAUUCUUUUACAUUCUUGCCUCUAAAUGUGCAAAACUGUAUGAUAAAAAAAGUAAUUUCCAACAUUAAUUUAAAAAAAAAUCAGGGAACUUACUAAAGCUGUGAUAACAACUACAAUGGUAAUAGCAUGACUGUUUUGCUUCUUUAGUCGCAUGAAGGUUAAUGUGGUCUUGCGUAAAGGAAUUUUUCAGAAUAUUAAAUGCUAUACAUGGGUCAUUUCACGGUAUUGAAGAGGGAAACUUCUUUAUGAAACAUUUUUAUUUUAUGAUAACAUAGUUUUCGAAAAAGAAAGUUCUAGUGUACCGCAAAGAAUCAAAACUGAAUGAAUACUACAUUUUUAUUUUAAAAUUAAUAAUAAUUAUUUGUUAUAAUGGUUGAUCUUUUAAUUUACUCUUCCUCUUUAAACAGAUAAUUUGUUUAAAAUUUGCUAUUUUUGAUAUACAAAUGAAUAUUGAAAAUAAGUUUGUUGCUACAUGCCAAACCUGUGCCAUUUUUGCAUAAUAUCAUUUAAAGAACAUUUUUCUAACAUCUUCAGUUGUUCAAACAAGAAUCUAACUUAGAAAAAUAUAAUAAUUCAUUCAAUUUACAUAUAUGCAUGGUUGGAAUUAAAGUAUUUUUAGAAAGAAACAUACAGCGCUGUCAAAAGAAUCCAAUCCAGUGAACACUGCAGCCCAACAGACAUAAUUUGCAAGAAAAAUUAAAAUGUAAAAGGAUAAACUGUGUUUCAAUACAAAGAGCUGUUUUUAUUUACUAAAAAUGUGCAAACAAAAGUCAAAGUAACACUGUACAAUGAGCAGUUGAAAAUGAAAUGCUGGACAAAUCACCAGUAUAAUGGCCAAGGGAGUCUGCUUUUUAUCUCGGCUCAUAUCCUGCAGCAUUUGCCAUUUGAAAAUGAAAGGUUCUUGUAGUAAAGCUGUGUAAAAAUCUAACCCGAAACAAACCACUGGAAAGAAACCUUCACAUUUGUGGGAUUCUUUACUGUACAGGGACAAUUACUGAUGCAUAGGCUUUUUUCUUAGAGAAGUAUGAAAUGGUCACAAACCAGUUCACAAUGAGACUGGGACUUAAAUGUCAGACCAUACCCCACUAUUUGAAAAAAUCAAAUUUCUUUCUUUAAAUAAACAUAUUAUUGCAUAUCACUAUUACAGGUUAAGCACAGAAUAAUUGCUUCUUUUAUUAAUUUUAAUCAGUGUGUACAUGGGAAUAAAUAUAUAACUAAAAAUAUAUAUAACUAGGAGAAUAAUUCCCCACCCCUCCCAAACGCUGUGAGUAACAGUACGAUUAUGGAAUAGAGUGACUGAGCUAUUCGUAACCUGAGUGGCAAUGACAGAGGGCAGUGACCUUCAACUACUCCAAAUUUAAAAUUAUAAAAAAAGAUAAAAACGUGAGACUGAGCUCUCAUCAUCACCAACUGUUGAACAUCCUGCUACCCCCAUGCUGGGUAACAAUUCUUGAUAUUGGGAGUAGAUGACCUAAUUCACAACUUUGAGAGUUUAAGAAGAAUUAAAUUAUUGAAAGGAUUUUCAAGAGUGAUCACAGAGAGAGACAGAGCGUGUUUGUUUGGGACUUUCUAGCAUGUGAACAUCGCCAAUAUCCUCUGCUGGAUAGUAUUGAUAGAGAGGCCUAGGAGAUGGAAAAUAUGUGGUAAGAAGGAAAUAAUGACAAAGAAUCAGUGAGGGGGAACUAGAAAGAAAAUUGGAAGAAAAUUUUGGGAGCAUGUAGGGAGCAGCAGUGAUAUAAAGCAAUAGUGGAACGAUCAAUUGCAAAGUUUUUAUGAGGGGAAUAAUUUUCUCUUGCAAUACAUUCUCCAAAUAUAAUAUCUCUGGAUUAUAUGGCAUCCCAAGAGUAGCAAUACUACCAUGUUCAGAGUACAUACAAGUCUCAGACCCACAGAAUCCUGUGCUGGGUUGCUGGGGGUGGUUUAUGUGCCUUUCCCAGUAGCUUUAGGUAUAAGACACAGACCUGUCCUGAACAGGGUGCCUGCCCAUAAGAGGACCAACUAACGUACAUACACACACUUAAGCUGAUGCCAAAAGAAGGAUAAUUUAGAAUUGGCAAUAAAGCUAAAACACAUGUGGCUUUAGGGAUGUGGAGGAAAACCAUGCAGUCAUUGAGAGAACUUGUAAGAGCCAUAUGGUAACCAGUACAGGACAUAAACCAGGACACUGGAUCUGUUAGGUAAAAGUGCUAACCACUAUGACCCCAAUCUGCCCUCACUCUGAAACUAAUCUUCAUUUUUUUAAUGGAAUGUUUUAAGAUAAUUCUAGAAAAAACUAAAAUAUUUUAUGGCAAACUAUAUACAGUAUAAUAAAUGAUUCCCGCAUGCCCUUUUGGUAGUUUAAAAAGAAAAAAAGUUAAUCUGAAAAAAUGGCUUUUAAUGCUGUUUAGUUAAGGUACAAUAAUCUGUACAUAACUAAGGUGCAUUAACCAGAAAAUAUUAAUUUAGAUUUUUUUCUCAUGCAGCUCAGAUGUUUGAUUCACACUGCAAUAAGGACACAGCUGCUGUUUUUCCCUGAGCCUCUAAAGAAAUUAAGUAACUUUACAAAAAACAUAAAUAAAAGGCACUAAAUGGCAUAUCACUAUAUAUUUUAUAACAUAAGCUUGAAAUAUAUUGUUUGAUGGAAAGGAUCAUUACCUAUAACCUUAAAAGUGGUAAUGCAUCAAGCCAUUUUAGAGACAGGACUAUUUCAUCAUCUUAUUUUUUAAAUACUUGCAGUAAUUUUGCAAAUUUGCAGUGCUCAAAAUCUUAUUUGGGCAAAUGAGACAUUGCAUUUAAACAUGUACACUAAUAAUUUAAGAUUAGGAUUUGUUUCUUUUUAUCAAGCACUGUACACAUCGAUAUUCAAUCCCACUCGUCUUCAACAUAUGAAAAAGUAAGAAAUAAAUUAUUGUAGCAGUUCUGAAUAUGGAGAUUCAUUCUAAACGCAUUCUAACGUGUUAAUGACAUGAUGCCUCUGAAGCUAGAAAACUAGAUGUUAUCAGAAUACCUGAUGAAUUGGUCAAUAUCAAUAUGAUAAGGAGACGUUAAGUUCUGGUGCUUUGGUUUAGGAGAGGGUUAUAUAUUUACAUUUUCAUGAUGCUGAAAGAUUAAUGUGGGAAACCCUUUAAAUGAAAGACUUAAGCAAAAUGUGCGUGCACAUCUAAAUCAACAGAUUUAUUGUUGACAUGCACCACGGAGGGGUAAACGUAUGAGAAAAUGGAAAAGUCUUUAAACACUAAACAGAUACUGAGUAGUGGUAUUUAACAGAGGCAAUAGAGAAUAAUUUACACAAUAUUACAAAGCACAGUCCCUAAUAAUCUAAUCUUGUUUAAAUAGCACCAUUUUUAUAUGAGUACAGAUGUGUGCCUGAGAAGUUACAGUAAUAAUAAGUAACAACAAGCUGUUUUAUUGCUAAUCUGUAAUCAGUUGUGUGAAGUAAACCACCUCAGCUGCAUUAAUAAGGUGUCUUCCUCUGAGAUGUGUUGGCCUAUUCCAGUUCCAUGUGCUUUAAGUGUAAAGUUGAACCUGAAGAUUCAAUAACAUCUCACACUACCAGAAAAUGGCUUUUGAAAUUUUUUCUGCCAAGGGUUGAAAUUGUCAUUUUAAUUUACCUUUCAUUAAAUUAAGACUUGAGCUACCUGAGUUUAUCCAUUUGCUGUCCACACUCAGGAAUUAAAAAGUUGAAUUCUUCCAAAAAGUAUUAUUUUAUUAAAUAAUAGAAUAUCAUUCAUUAAUAUUUUCCAAAGUGUUAAAGUUCCAUAAAUAUUUUGUGUUAUGAUUAAUUUAAAAUAAAUCAGUAAUAGGAUAAACUAAAAUUUCUUUUGUUUGAGGAAACUGUAAUUUAAUGCCAUGAGGUAACUCAGAAAGCAUAUGAGGACUCAAUGAGUGCAUCUAAUUCUUGUGUUGCCCAUAUAUUAAAACUUCUCAAGUUUUUUUACUUUAUUUGGUAUUGCAGUGAGAAGUAUAGCUCUUGGUUAUUAUUAAUGUGUGAUUUAUUGCCUUAUUUAUUUUAACCUUGUACAGUGUUUUAACAUGUUUGCCUUUUAAACACUCACUAAUCUAGUUGUCUUAAGUUUUAUAAGUAUACUUAGUUACAUGUUUUAAACAAGGUGAGCUUUAAAGAAGACAAAUCAUGGCAUUUUUGCUAUGACUUAGUUUGGAAAUAAUUGAUUUUCACAGGUAUUUCAAGAUCUCAGUCCUUGCAUCAAAGUAGUAUGGAUAAAUGCUAUGAUGUAUUCCAAUACAAUAUGAAGAAAACAUAAAAACUGCAUUUUGUGUGCAAUUCAGUUUUAUCUGAAAUGCAUAAUAAUUGCAGGUAGCUGUUGAAGUUGCUUCCCAAAAUGGAUUAUGCCAGUAUGCUGUUUUUUUUUUUCAUUAAAGGAAAAGGGAACACAAGUUGCUUUUUGUUGAUAUAGCAAUAAACUAUAUAAGCUGUACAUGUCAUGUUAGUAAAACAUGGGAUACUAUAAACAAACACAAUUACAAAUUUGUUCUCCAGAUGCAUAUCAAAAUCUGUUUUUUGCACAAAGGUUAUCAAACCUCUAAUAAGAAUUGUAAAGGCGUAUGGAAAGUUAUUAUUAAACAUUUGUAUUUCUGUGCAGAAAAAGCAUGCCACUGAUAAAUAUGUGAUAGUUGACUGCCAAUGUCAUUUUUUAUAUUUCAGCAUGUCCUUGACUCAGUACAUUUUUAAUGUGAAUAUAAUCUAAUAAUAUUCAGAUUUCUUGCAGUUAAAAAAAUGAAAUGAUUAGAAAUAGAAUUUCUUCCCUUCAAUUUUUAUGAGCUAAAGUGAUAUUUUUGUGGAAAUGCAAACUGCACAUAUUAAAAUUUUGUAACCACAUAUUUAUUUAUGUAUUUGUUUGUUUGUUUAUUUAUUUUGCACAGUCUAUAAUGUGUUAAAGGUCUCUUCCACCAGUGUCUCAGCAGCAUUGCUCUUGGUUUCUCAGCAUGUUAUUUAUGUUUAGUACUCGGCCUUACCUUUUAAUGGGUUAUUGCAGCUAUGGUCUUCUCUGUUUUGGUAGUGACAAAUAUAGCUGCAAUACAGAAAACUAUUUUAUUAUUAUUUUCUUUUUGUUUGUUCUAUACUGUCAAUAAGCAUGGACUAACAAAUCGGUUUUGCUUCAGUUGUAAUGCAUGAUGGCAGAAAAUAACUACUUGAAUGUAAAAACGCACUUAGUGGUAUCACAAAGUCUUCUAACAUCCUCUAUUGUGGUGCCUCAUUUUACGCAGUUAUUUUAAUUGUUAGAAGGAGCCGCUCCAAAAAGUUAUCGGUAGUUAGCAUUGUAGCAUCUGGAAAUCAGAAGAACUUUGGUAGUGUUUGCUGCACUCGCGAUAUCACACUCUUGUUCAUUAAGGGCAGGCUUGCACUUCAAAUUGGGCAUAAUCUGUGCCUAGCACUUUUCUCUUGAAAAAGGCUUAGCGUGAGAGAAUGGCCUUGACUUCAUUUAUUAUUAUGAGUCUUGUCAAUGAAGGCACAGUGUUUAUGAAUUUCAGAUACAGAUGCAUUGUGUUUGUUGAGGUUCUACCUGUUUCUGCUGUUAUGAUAAAAAUUUUUGUGCAACAGAAACUACUCUUUGUGCUGCUUUGUAGUUUCUGUGGCCUGUGUGUUCUUCAGGGGCCAAACAAGGAGCAUAUUUUAGACGUAGAAGAGAAAUAUGUACAGUAGGCUGAAGGUGUUAUAUUUUCUAAAUAUUGUGGCCUACUGAAUAUUUUUUGUAACCAUUACAAUAAGUUUAUCUCGGUAUACAAUCACUGGUAAACAUUUAGGCUUUUAAUGUGAUUUAGAUAUUUUCAUAAUUAAUACGGGUCUAUUUUGUAAGUCAAUACAAUAUUGUAGAGUAUCUGCCAGUCUUUUUUCAAAAUUGGUAACCUAAUCUGAACAAUUAAAUAUUUGUCCUAUUUUUUAUGUUACAAGUGGAUUGAUUAAAAUGUUAUAUGUGAAUGUACAUUUCUUAUUGCAACUUUUAUACUGUGUUUGCACUAUUAUGAUAAAUGGGAUAUUAUGAAAAAGUAAAGAAAAUCCUUGCUUGAAUUUA